AUGUGGUUUUUUGUGAAAUUUAUUUUAUUGGUUUCCGGAGUUUCUGCAAUCACAUGUCCUAAUGGAUUCACUGCUUUGAAUGAUAAAAAAUGUGUUCAGGUUUGUUCUCAAAACUUUCCAAAAAUGAAUAUCAUUCCAAUGAUCAAUUUUCCAGUUGUUUACAACUGCAGCAACUCAUUUGAAUGCAGGAAUAGCUUGUUCACAACUUGGUGGAAAUCUUAUCUCAAUUCAAAAUGCAAUUGAUAACAACGCUAUCACUCAACUUGCACAAACUGCUUCAAAUCCAAUUUGGCUUGGCUUGAAAUGCACACAAUCACGAACUCCAUCUUCAUGUCAAUGGGAUGAUCAAUCAGGAAAUGCUGGAACUUAUAACAGUUUCAGCAAUGGAUAUCCAGUAAUUGAAGUUGGAAAUUGUGUAUAUCUUUUGACACAGGGAACAUUGAGUGGAAAAUGGUCGAGUGGAGAUUGUGGAUCAACAGCAUUAAAUUAUAUUUGUGAAGUUGCACCAACUGAUCCAAAUACAUCAACUUGUUCUUUCACAUAUAAUGGUAAUUGUUAUUUUCCAUUAACUUCGGAAUUAAGUCAACAAGAAGCACAAUAUGCAUGUCAAUCAAAUUGUGGAAAUCUUGUAUCAAUUCAUUCAACCGGAGAAAAUGAUUUUGUCAGCAAAUUGUUCAGUGGAAACAUCCCAACAUACAUUCGAAUUGGUGCAAAAUCUUUUGACAACGGAACUCAUAUUUGGUCAGAUGGAACAUCUUUCGAUUACAACAAUAUUGGUUAUGAUAAUAUCAAAUUGGGACAAUGUUACAGUAUGGCUCUAGUAAAUGAUAUUGUGAAUGCUGGAAAAUGGAUUAGCAGUAAAUGUGACACUGCUCUUCCAUUUGUUUGCAAACGACCACAAGGAACACAAUGUACAACGAGUACUGUAAGCCCAACAUCAACUUAUGGACAAUGUAAUGGUCCAAUGUUUUUGGAUAACUCGGGAUCUUUCUAUUCACCAAAUUAUCCGCAAACAUAUGUUGGUUUCCAAUCACAACCAUGCAGUUAUAUUUUGGAUACUCCAGUUGGAACAAAUGCAAUCAUUCAAUUCCCUGUUUUCCAAUUGGAUAAUGUGAGUUCAAUUUGAAAAUGAAUCAAUGUUUAUAUUUUCAGCAAGCUUCGAUUGCUCUUUACAAUCGACUUGAAGAUACUGAACCUUUCCAAGUUUUAACAUCACAAUUUUAUUCAACUAAUACUUGGUAUAAUUCAUCAACCAAUACAAUGAAAGUAAUUUUCCGCCCAUGCACUUCAAAUUGUCAAAAUGGUCAAACAUACAAUUGGAGAGCUAAUUUCCAACCUUCAACAAUUAUUCAACCAACAAAUCCAAGUGUUACAGUAACCCCAAACCCAAAUAAUCCAUCAGGAUGCAAUGCUACAUUAUUGAUUGCUCCCGCACAAAUCACAUCUCCAAAUUAUCCCAGUUUUUAUCCAAAUAGUAUUGAAUGUCUCUAUCAUCUCUCAACUUCUGGAGGUUAUCGAAUCAAUUUAUAUUUGAAAAACGUCGAUGUUGAGAAAAACUUUGACUAUCUUCGAAUUUAUGACAGUGCAUUCCAAACCGGAACAGUUUUGGACACUUUAACUGGAACUUAUCAAGAUAAAAUCUAUCAAUCAACUUCGAACAAUAUGUUGGUUGUUUUCUCAUCUGAUAGUUCAGGACAAUCUACUGGAUUUACGGGAAACUUCGGGGCAUUUUAA